UUGAUAUCCGCUGACCACCAUCAAUGUAAAACACAUUCCCGCUAAACAAAAUGGCGGGUUUGCACAGCUCCGUCUUUCUUGUGAUGGUUUCAGGCCAGAUCGAAUCUGCUUCGUUUCCAGAGUUCGAUGAUCUUUACUGCAAAUUCGGGUUUGUUUACGGCCAAGACUGGGUUGUCACAUCUGGAUGGGAAGAAGGAAUCUCUCAAGUGACCAAGAAGAGUAUGGAUAAGCGGCAGAUUGUGGUGUGGAAUUUUCCCAUCGAUAUCACUUUCAAGAGUACCAGCCCCUUUGGAUGGCCCCAGAUAGUAAUCAGCUGUUAUGGACUGGAUAUGUUUAACCGUGAUGUCGUCAGAGGGUAUGGGGCCAUUCAUGUGCCAACGACUCCAGGCAGUCAUAGCAGGGAAAUCCCCAUGUUUGUACCAGAGUCAUCAUCUAAACUACAGAAACUAACCAGUUGGUUAUUAGGAAGAAGACCAGAGUUUGUGGAUCCUAAAGUAGUCGCUCAAGGAGAAGGCAGAGAAGUAACAAGAGUUCGAUCACAGGGAAGAGUCAAGGUGACCUUCAAUGUUGUAACAAGAGACAUGAAAAAAUUAGGCUACGAUACAGAAGCAGCUAGUGUUGCCAUUCCACACAUACCCACUGGAAACACAGGAGGGAACACCCUUCAGCCGGAUCAAACACUCGGCGGCACAACAGAGAGUGUAUCAUAGGGCAUGUACAACACACAUAACUACUGAGAACGCAAUGGGGAACACCCUUCACCCGGAUCAAAAACUCGGCAGCAUAACAGUCAUAGGGCAUGUACAACACACACACCUACUGGGAACGCAAGGGAACAUACUUCAGCCGGAUCAAACACUCGGCAGCACAACAGAGUGUAUCAUAGGGCAUGUACAACAUUCAUACAAAAAAGAACAUAUUUAUGGUCACUUCAUGGAUGACCCAACACUAAGCCCCUGCUUAUUUGGCCAUGGAAGAUCCAAGGCACACAAUAUAUAAAAUGUGUAUAUGUAUAUUCACAGGGGUGUAGCCAGGGAGCCCCCCUUCUAGCAGCAAAAAAUAUAGUAAAUGUAUGAGACGUUAUCUAAAAAUCCUGGCUACACCGCUGCUUCACCAGUUCAUGUCCACUAUUCUAGAUCAUUCCUCCAUUUCAGUGUAAAACACAGUCCUGUUUCCCGUACAAUGUAAAAAAAUGUAAAUAUUGGCUUUGUUUUUUUAUGUUUUAAUAAAAAAAAUUAAGAAUGA